AUGGAGCGUUAUGAGUCUCUGGGUCUGGUCGGGGAGGGCAGUUACGGCACUGUGCUGAAGUGCCGUCAUCGAGACUCCGGCCGCCUCGUUGCCAUCAAGAAGUUCAUGGACUCCGACGAUGACAAGAUGGUGAAGAAGAUCGCCCAGAGGGAGAUCAAGCUGCUCAGGCAACUGCGUCACGGCAACCUGGUGAACCUUCUGGAAGUGUGGAAGCGCCGUCGCCGCUGGUAUCUGGUGUUUGAGUUUGUGGAGCGGACACUCCUGGACGAUUUGGAGCAAAACCCAAGUGGACUCAACCUGAACACCAGCCGCCAGUAUCUGUACCAGAUCCUGAGGGCUGCAGCCUUCUGCCACCAGCAAAAUAUCAUCCACCGUGACAUUAAACCAGAGAACAUCCUCAUCUCUCAGGAGGGCGUGGUCAAGCUGUGCGAUUUCGGAUUCGCUCGCACUAUGGCGUCGCCUGCUGACGGCGGCGUCUACACCGACUACGUAGCCACUCGCUGGUACAGAGCCCCUGAACUGCUGGUGGGAGACAUUAAAUACGGAAAACCAGUGGAUGUGUGGGCUGUAGGUUGUCUAUUAUUAGAGAUGCUAACAGGUCAACCUCUGUUUCCCGGAGACUCUGACCUCGACCAAAUCUACCACAUCGUCAGGUGCUUUGGUAACCUGACUGCUCAUCACCAGGAGUUGUUCUACAGGAAUCCCGUCUUUUCUGGAGUCAGGUUGCCAGAAUGUUACGGCCAAGUCCCACUGCAGCAGCGCUUCCCUACAAUCACAUCCACUGCCAUAGACUUGGCACAGAGCUGUCUCCAGAUGGACCCAGAAAGACGAGCUCAGUGUUCAGAACUGCUAGAACAUCCUCUGUUCACACAGGACUCUUUCCACAUCAGGUUUUUAAAUGAGCUGAAUGCCAAGAUCCAAAAGGACAUCAGGGAAAACUCUAUCUUUCCCAAAAUAACCAAAACCCCAAGACGAGAAAAGGAUGAUGGAAAUGAGAGAAACCAGAGAGGCAAAGAAAAGAAACAGCUGGAGGAUCUGGAUGAGAAAGUUAACAAGGAAAAGGAGAAGAAAGACGAAAAGACGGAGAAAACAAAAGGAAAACAACCUUCAAAGCUUUCUAAAACUAUUCGGAACACCUCCGAACCUUUGAUGUCCACCAAACAGUCCAAGACAUUAGGUGCUAAGCUAUGCAAGAUAACCACUACUUCGGAGCAUCAGGCACGAGACCCAGAGCAAAGACAGGUGUCUGAAUGUUCAAAAGUUUUGACUUCAAACUCCAAGCUGUCGAAGGCUACCUCAAACUCUGACUCAGAAAUAACCAAAACCAACAUGUCUUUGUCCAUCGUCCCGUCAAAGACUCGGAUUUCAGAUCUUUCAACGCAGUCCUUCAAAGUUUUUAUCGACACCAGUCCUGCACACAGCACUACAACACUGCCCAAAGGAGUAUCAAAUCCAAAGUUGUCCAAAACUGUCUUGACCUCAAUUGCUAAACCCACAAAUGACAUCACAUGUUUAUCCAACAAACCUUCAAAGGGCUUUCAGAAAGACAGGGAACUUACAGAAGUAUCAGUCAAAACCAAAACUCAGCAGGAUAGUUUUAAUACUUCAUACGAGGUUAUUAAGGAGGAUCAUGGAAACUUGAAGCUAAGACCAGCAACCAAAGCAGCGGGAAAGCACAUACCAGUAUCCCAUGCUUCUGGAAAAGAUCACAAAGAGGAUCCCGAAUCCUCAGAGCCCUCCGGUGUCCAUCAGCAGACAACUCUCAAAUCUAAGAUCAGUCCAGAAUCCAGAUCAACAUCAGCCUCCAUACUGAGUGAAAUCCCUAAAACCAACACCCUCAAAGUCUCAGAUAAAGAGAACAGAGAGGAUUUAGCACUUUCCGUGUCCACCACAACCCUUAUCCCCACCUUCUCUGUCGUCAAUGCCAACAGCCCAGCCACCAGUGAUCAUCAUACCCUCGGGGCCGGUUUCCAUCCUGGGAGCCACAGCCUUAGGUGUAUAGACAAGCCAAGGCAUCACGGUGGCGUCUAUAGUCGACUGGCCCAACAGUCUCUGUCGAGCCACAUUACAGCAUCAAUAACAGCACAGGUGUCAGAUAAGAGUCUGAUCAGCAAGCGCUCCUUCCUGUCUGAUCGCUGUAACCUUGGUAACAGCGGUGGCGUUGCCGUGGCCAAAAGGAAAUCAGACAUCCAUUUCCCAGAUCUAAGAAGCUCAGUGCUACCAGAGCUCAGAGGAAGAGAUGGUAUGCACAAAAACACAAAUACACAUCUUAGUUUCCACUUUUAA